AUGACUUCUUCCGACUCUGACUACUAUUCCAUUUCACCAUCACCAUGUCCAUCAGAUGCAUGGCCUUGUCUACAAGAUCAUUCUCCAGAGCAACAAGUAAAGCAAGAGCCAAAGCAAGUAGCCAAGUUGGUUGAAAAGAAACCUGUAGAUAUGUCCAACCGACGUUACAAAUGCACUCGUUGCCCUAGAGCAUUCACUCGCAAGCAUGAUUUAGAGCGCCAUAUCCGCGUUCACACAGGUGAUAAACCUUAUCAUUGCCCUUGCUGUAAAAAAUGCUUUGCUAGAAGUGACGCAUUAAAAAGACAUAUUCAAGUAGAAAUCAGAUGUCGUACAAGUGAAGAAGUUAUUACUUUUAGACAAACAAGCAGAAGACGACAACAACAAAAAAAACUGUAA